AUGCAAAAACCUUCUAUUCCGCCCUACAAAUCGUCACCUGAAAUACAAGAAAGAAUACAACAGUUGCAAAAACAAACCCAACAAGAGAGUGGACAACGUCGUCGUACAGCAGUGCUGCCAAAACGCACUUGGAUUCAACGUAAUCCACGGCUUUUUCAAAUAACCUUUAUCACCACCUCAUUGUUGGUACUAUUUUCAAAGCCUUUGUACGACGCCUUCAUUGCCGUUCCCGUACCGCCACCAAAAGGUGGACCACCACCAGGUCAUAGACGUUAAGUAAGCAACUAAAGUGCAGUAAAACUCGAAA